GUUCCUGAAUGCGACGCAAAUAAAUUCGCGUGCAACGCCGUGGUUAUUGGUAAAAAUGUCAUCAUGAAUGAGGGUUGCAAUAAGACGGCAAAGGCGACGUUUUUAGCACACGGAACCACUCCAUUUGGUCUCGUCACCAUUGUUGCGCUUAUGGAGGCCAACGCAGUCGACGCAGCCUCUGCCGCCGCAGGCGUCACCGUUGCGCAUCACCUAUACGCAUUAAGCUGCAAAGCGAUGCGCCUGCUUCUAAUGGUUCUCGUCGGUUACGUCGUCAAUGGAUCUGAGAUGACAGAUGUUUCUCCAUUUGGCGAGUGUCUAGGUCCUUAUCGUCCAAUAUUUUUGCGGAUGCGUGGAUCAUUACAGGCUGAUGGAGGCGAAUAUGCCAACAUGUGCUUCGAACUGUCGGCGUAA